CAUCCUAAAUUGCGGUAUUAACAUAUGUGGUGUGGUAACAGUCAUUGGGACUGCUGAAUUUAACCAAGCUUUUUAUCUUGAGGAAAAUGAUUGAUCAUUUGUGUGCAUAACAGCGGUGACAGUGUCCAGCCUGCCUUCACUUAUCUCUGUAGGCCAUGUUUCACAUUGUUGAGUUUCUGGAAACCCAAGAGGUUGAAGUAGUUCCAGCACUGUGGGUUGCAGAUGAUAACUGUCAGUGGCCAGCUCACUACAAGCACGACGACUUAAUUAAAGCCAUACGAAAUGAGGAGCAGCCUGAAGACGUGUGGGAUGCAUUUAGUGUCCGGAUUCUAUAUACAGCUGCAAACUACAAAACCGCUCGUCUAAAACUCCCUCAAGCGGAAACCCACACUGAUCUUCAAACAGCAGAGGAAGAAGACAAGGAUGACCUCCCAAAAAGAAAGCGUAAAAGGCUACCGAACACUCGAUUUGAGAGUGACAGUGAUAAUGAAGUUACUGUCAAACAAAAAAGGACAUUGCCACCAGGCCCAAACAUAAUAGGGCCAGGCUUUGAUAUACAGUCUGCAUUAAAGAAACUGGCUAUGAGCACAAAACAUCACAAGCAGAUGACAAGCCCAGAUCCCAGACGGUCUGCGAGAAGCCCAGAACCCCCACAGUCUGCGAGAAGCCCAGAACCCCCACAGUCUGGGUCUUUGAGAAGCCCAGAACCCCGACAGUCUGGGUCUUUGAGAAGCCCAGAACCCCGACAGUCUGGGUCUUUGAGAAGCCCAGAACCCCGACAGUCUGCGUCUUUGAGAAGCCCAGAACCCCGACAGUCUGGGUCUUUGAGAAGCCCAGAACCCCGACAGUCUGGGUCUUUGAGAAGCCCAGAACCCCGACAGUCUGCGUCUUUGAGAAGCCCAGAACCCCGACAGUCUGGGUCUUUGAGAAGCCCAGAACCCCGACAGUCUGGGUCUUUGAGAAGCCCAGAACCCCGACAGUCUGCGUCUUUGAGAAGCCCAGAACCCCGAUAUUCUGCGAGAACCCCAGAACAAGAUGAAAGCCAAGGGGGUCUUGCUCCUCUUCUGCAUAGACUUCUUACAAAUCAAGAGAUGAUGAUGGAUCAACUCAAAGUCAUUCAGAUGAACAUGCAGAACAUUCCAGGCGAACCUGCUGGUGGGCCGGAUCCCCUUGGCAGAGAUAUACUGCCGCUAAAAGAAAUAACCUCCCUGUUGGCUCUGGAGAAACGUCUGAGGGAAGACGCAGAUCUUCAAAACAAAAUGAUUACUGCAUUGAGUGUCAUUGGAGGACUGGACGUUAAGGAUUGCGUUUGGCGAGUGAUGAAACACUGUUUUAGCAACUCCCUUGCCAAACAGCUCAACUGGCGUGGCAUCAAUGGGAAAACAGCAUUCCACAGACUGCAACUAAAAGAUGUCAUUACUGGGACUGUCAGAAACAACAGGCUCACAGCGACAGCAACAGACCAAGAGGUAGAAGCCUACAUAAAAAAAUGGCUUCACCUUGCGGGCGACCGAGAUGGAGGUAGAAGAGAGAGAGAGGAACGAAGACGAGCUGUCCAAGAAACCCGCCUUCAAGAUUCCCAUGGGCCCAGUCAAGGAGGUCAAUAAAUCCCGGAAAGGUUGUUCUCGUGCCAAGGUCGGCAAAAGUUCGUUCAUUUAGUAUAAGUAUAGUACAAGUAUUCUGUUCUAGUUAUGUUUUCACGAGAAAAUCAAUAAAAUAAAUCUGAAAUGUCACUGAGUCUGCAGAAGAGUUUGUUUAUUUUUGGGGAGCUAAGCUUUAUUUUUUAAUUGCAUGUUUUUUCAAAGUUGCUUUACUAUACUAUACAU